UCCAUUCCCUCCCCUCCUCUCCUCUCCCGCCCGCGCGCCCCCACCCUCUCCGCCCUAAAACCCAACCAAAACCCUAACCCUAACUCGGCGCCGCCACCACCCCAAAAACCGCACCCACCCAUUUCGGCGCGACCGCGGGGGUGGGGUUUUGGGUUCAAAACCACACGCGAGUUUUCGUUUCGCUUGCGCGCGCGUUGUGGGGGAGAGAGAGGGGAUGGCUCCCUUCGGCGAUGGCGGCGGCGGCGGAGGGGAGGAGGAGAAGAGGGAGGGGGAUGCGGGGUGGGGGUGGGACCCGAUGAGGAGCGGCAGCGCGCCGCCGACCAUGGAGGGCGCCGCGGCGGCGGCGGCUUCGGCGGUGGCGCAGCAGGAGGUGGAGGGGGUUUACGGGGGCGGCGGAGGCGGCGGCGGCGGGUCGUUCUUCUCCGGGAUGGAUGGGUUCGGCGCGAGGCUCGACGAGGUCGGCCGGCGGCGCGGCGCCGCCGCGCAGGAUCAUUUUGGAAAUUCUGAGUCAUUAUCUAAUGGAGCACCAGGCCUCCACCUUAAUGGUACGAGAGAGUUUAAUGGACAGCAAUUUGGACCAACCCGGGUUCAUAGUGUUGGCGCUAUGCUGGAUCACUCUGCAGUUAAUGUUGGUUCCCCAUGGAUACAGACCAAAACAGAUGAUGCUGACUUUCAUAGGCAUGCCGAGAAUCGCUUCAUGCCAAACAUGGGAAAGAUGAAUGCUUUUGCUAGAAGGGACCUUCAGUCCACCUAUCUCUCUGACUCUGAUCUUUCAAAUGCUUUAUCUAGGGUGAACUUGUCUAAUCAUUUAGAAUAUGAUGAAAGGGGCCUUGCCAAAGACCUGCUUGAUGAAAUGGAAAUGCGUAAUCACGACAGGCAUUUUUCCUCUAAGAUUGCCAAUGACUGCCGUUCUCCUUUAUCUGGCAAUGCUUUGUGUACGCUUGGUUGUGAGCACUUGGAUGUUCAUUCACUACCUUCAUAUGGAGAUGGUCUUCUACGCAGGCAGAACAGUAUUAUGGAUAGUCCCUAUGUUUCAAGGAAUAAUAACCAUCACAUGAAGAAUGUGGAUCGCCUAUCUCUUGCUGAUCAACUAGCUUUGAUGCAGCUAAGCAAUCUUGACGAGAAUAAUUACCAUAGCAAUGCAGAUAUGGUAAAUAUAAUCAACCCCUUGAGAAACAGACGCAACAUCACAGACUUGGACUUAAUCAGGAGUAGGAACCAUUUCCUUGAAGAACUUAUUGCACAGCGUUGUUUGCAGGAAGAUAAUGUCUUUCAGUCAAAAUCUGGUCCCUCAUAUAAUGACAACAUACUAUAUCAUGAUGGACCUCGUUUUCCAUAUUCAAGAAUGCAAAGAUCAGGGUCCCAUGCUUAUUCACAUUUGAGGGGCAUUCCAUAUCUUGGUGAUCAGCAAUCGCGGAUGUUAUCCUCUAGUAGGAGGACACCUGGUAGAAAUAUGGGAUCACAAAUCUACCAAGAUAAUCCUGUAGCAAACUGCCUGGAUCUGUCUUCUUUGGAUCUUGCAAAUAGAAGUGGUGCUUGUCCCUUGGAGCUUGUUAAUGUAGUGGGCCAUGUUAUGGAAGUUAGUAUGGAUCAAUUUGGAAGUCGUUUUAUUCAACAAAAACUAGAGGUUGCCUCAGCUGAUGACAGGGAAAAAAUCUUUCCAGAGAUACUGACCAAUGCUAUUGCUCUGACAACUGAUGUAUUUGGCAAUUAUGUGAUUCAGAAGUUUUUUGAGUUUGCUACAGAAAGCCAGUUAAGCCAGUUAGCAGAUCAGCUCAGAGGUCACUUUUUGCAACUCAGCUUUCAGAUGUAUGGUUGCAGAGUUGUUCAGAAGGUCAUUGAUGUGGUUGACUUGGAGAGAAAGAUAUCUAUUGUUGGUGAGCUUAAGAAUUCUGUUCUCAGAUGUAUUUCUGAUCAGAAUGGUAACCACGUAAUCCAGAAGUGCAUAGAGUGUGUUCCAGAAGAUCACAUUCCAUUUGUAAUUGAGGAUAUACUUCAGAAAAUUUAUCCGCUUUGCACUCACCAAUAUGGCUGCAGAGUUAUUCAGAGAGUUUUGGAGCAUUGCCAUAAUCCAGCAACUCAAAGUGCUGUGAUGGAUGAAAUUGUCGAACGUGCUUUUGAUUUGACAGAAGAUAAAUUUGGAAACUAUGUUGUUCAACACGUCUUAGAACAUGGUAGGCCAGAGGAGCGGUCAUCCAUUAUUCAAAAGCUUUCUGGGCAAGUGGUGAACUUGAGCCAGCAGAAGUAUGCUUCUAAUGUUGUGGAAAAGUGUCUAUCUUUUGGAACUCCUGAUGAACGUGAAGGCCUUAUAAGAGAGAUUGUAUCCUCUGGCCAAACAUUCCAGGGACUGAUGAAGGAUCAGUUUGGCAAUUAUGUUGUACAGAGAAUCCUUCAGACAUGUGAUGACAAAUUCCUAGUUGUGAUCCUCUCAAGCAUCAAGAUGCAUUUGAACGAACUGAAGAACUACACUUUCGGGAAGCAUAUAGUUGCGCGUGUGGAGAAGUUAAUCAUUACAGGAGAAAACCGAGUGCGGAUGGGGUCCAAGACUAGCCAAUGUCAGCAGUCACUAAGCUGUACAGAUGUUGACGCUAAUCCUUUUUAAGCAUUGGCAUCAAUAAGCAAAUCUGGUGAAUUGACAAAUGUGGAGAUUUUUGUUUUGAGAUACACUGUAAUAGCCAAUAGGGGUGUCCUGGUGGAGACUGGAUGUGUUCUCUUCUUUUUUACUGUGGCCUGUAUAGAUCUCUCCGGGUACUUAAAAGGUAAUUAGAUGAGUGUUAGGUAUCGCCGCUGUAAAUCUGUUUUUUGGCCAUGUACAAGUUUACUGAUGGGUAUCAGCUGUACAUUUGUUUGAGCUGUCAGUUGGCAAAGCGUGUCGUUUAAUCCUUUCUUA